AUGCCACUUGUGGUACCUGCUGCCCCUGAGCCGUCGCCGCGGCUGCAGAACCGCCCCGAUGACGAACUCCUCGCACGACUCAUGCGAUUAUACCGCGCGUUGUGUGUGCGGCACGAUGAACUCGGACAAGAAAUUGUUCUAAACGACAUUCUCGCAUUGUUGAUGCGCAGUCACCAACACGAUCUUGCCGAAAGUGUCAUCGCCACAUGUGAGAUCAGUCUACCACACCGAUCGAACAAUCAGGCAGCACGUUACUUCUACUACGUUGGUCUCACACGGGCACUGCGUCUGGAGUACGUGGAUGCCAAUCAAUGUCUGCAACAGGCACUUCGUAAGGCUCCAGAGCGUGCAUUUGGAUUUCGUGUUGCGGCAACAAAGUUAUCACUUGUAAUUCAACUUUUGUUGGGUGAAAUUCCGCCCCGUUCAGAGUUUUUACAAAAAGAUAUGAAAGAUUCUCUCUCACCUUAUUUACAACUUGCAUCUUGCGUACGAUUUGGGCAAUUGGGUCGAUUUAUGUCUAUCUUACAACAACACAAGAGUAUAUUUGAGCAUGAUCGUACAUAUUCUCUUAUAUUACGAGUGAGACAACAUGUUAUUAAGACUGGAUUACGUCGUAUUUGUCAGGCAUAUAGUCGUAUUAGCAUUCCAGAUGUUUGUUUUAAGUUAUCUAUGGAAAAUCCUGCUGAUGCAGAGUAUAUUAUUGCAAAAGCUAUUCGUGAUGGUGUUAUUGAUGCUGUAAUUGAUCACGAAAAGCGACACCUUAUAAGCAGUGAAACUGUAGAUGUGUAUUCUACCAGUGAACCACUUUUGGCAUUACAGCGUCGUAUUCAAUUUCUUAAUGUUACCCAUGAUGAAGCGAAACGUUCAAUGCGCUACUAUGCUGUUGACCCCGACGCUGAAGAGGAACGCCGUAAAGUAGACAGAGAGGAAAUGGACAGUUUGAUGCGUGCUGCUGAGGAUGAAGAUAAUAGCGGGGGUGACUUUGAUGAUGUGAUUUAG